CGCCACGUCGUGCUAUGUGUUGCAAUUCGAUUGUUGAGAACCGUGUCGCAUGCCGUGUCGUGCUGCUGAUUAUGUGACGCGUGUGCGCGCGAUGUCGCAAUUUUUGUGUGUAUAACGUCGGAGAACGCGUCGUUGGUGUGGCUGUCACUGUCCAGCCAGUCGGGAGAAACUUCUUCAAAGGAGCGCGAUUAAGCGAGGAGACGUUUGUCAUGCGUGCUAUUUUUUUCUAUUCAGCGAUAAAAUAUAUAAUAUCGUGGCCGUCUCCGUCGGCAUCCGCAGACUCACCUGUUACGUAAUGCCGCUCUUUACGCACGUCUCGAGAAGAAGGAUGUGAAUACGCGCGCGUACGGCUUUCGCGCGAGGUAUUCCGCGGGAAAUAUUUCGACGUACGGGAAGAUCUUCCGGUGAAACGGUGAUGGAGCAAGAUCACAAUUUAACGGAGGAGAAGAAGAAAACGAGCAACAACACUGCCGAGCCGAGAGAAUCGGAGAAUCGGCAAAAUCUCGACAAGCAGCAGGCUGAUGCUGCUGCUGCUGCUGCUGCGAAGAAGAAGAAGAAGAAGAAGAAGGAGGAGGAGGAUCUGAAGCUUCGCCAGAGUUCCAGCGACAUGCCGGAGCUUAAGGAUGAUCACGGGUUGCAGGAGGACGAGACAAUCAGUCUGGACCUGAGCGAACCCCCGCCGGAAGUCAUGGAGUACGCGAGGAGGGAAGUUGGGGAAACCGAUGAGGUCAAGUGUCAGACACUUCAGGAGUUUCGCGACAUGAUUUAUGAAAAAGGCGAAUGUCUGCCGCACAGGAUGGAAGACGAUUUUCUCCUGAGAUUCCUUCGUGCCAGAAACUUCAAUUUGAGAGCCGCGCACAGACUGAUAGUGAAUUACUACAACUUCAAAGAGAACCACCCGGAGAUACAUCAGAAUAUGAGUAUGAAGGAGAUGAAGUACAUAGGCGACGACGACGUCAUCACGGUACCGAUCUACAGGACUCAGUGCAGAAGACGCAUGCUUAUUUACCGCAUGGGCAAUUGGGACCCGCGCAAAUAUCCCGUCGAGGAUGUCUUCAAGGCCACGGUCAUCUUGCUCGAGCUGGGCGUCCUCGAGCCGAUCGCGCAGAUUAUGGGCGGUAUUGUGAUUUUCGAUCUCAAGGACAUCACUAUGGCGCACGCGUGGGCCGUGACGCCUCAGGUGGCGAGCAUGAUGCUAGCUCUGAUGGUGACCUCGUUCCCCAUCAAGACACACGCGAUACACAUUCUGCACCAGUCGUGGAUCUUUGACGCGAUCUUCGUGGUCUUCAAGCCGCUGCUCGACACCAACAUGCGUAACAGGAUACAUUUCCACGGCAACAACUACGAGAGUCUCCACAAAUACAUCUCGCCCGAGUACCUGCCAAAGAGAUACGGCGGCACGAGGGACGAGAUCCCCUACUACAAGUGGAUCGAAUCCUUGGUGAAGGAUACGAAGAUCGUCGAGGAGAUGAGCAAGGUGGGCUACGUCGACACGAAUGAGGUUCUCGAGUGCUUCAACAUCGUCAAGUGACGUCAGCCCCCUCCCCCCGCCCCCCCCGCUCGGUACUGGGUUGUUCGAGGGUAAGAGGGGUAUCCAGGUUUUUUCGCAGGAAAUUUCAUAUAAUCGCGUAAUUAUUACGCAGAAACGCGCGCGCGCGAGAUAUUGAUCGUCCGGAUCCGGCGAGCGCGACGACGACGACGACGACGACGACGAUGGUGUCGACGCGUGUCCGUACAAUCGAUAUCUCGUAAUUCCGUAAUCUUUCGCACGCCAUCACGAUGACUAUUAACCCGCAUAUUUUUAUUACCGCUUUGCCGACGUUCGCGCGUUUCUGCAAUGUGUCUGUAUCAUAUGUUAACGAACAACGGACACGUUGUUUGUAAAACGACGCCGAAUCGUCACGAAUGUUUAUAAAUGCUGUCAAUAAAUGAAGAAACGACACAUA